GCUCUGCUUACGCGCGCGGUCCAGCUAGCCGCACCGGUCAGCAUGCUGCCCAUCCCCCCGCGGUAGCUAUUUAAAGGAAUAGCUAGGAUGAGGGGUCAAAUCGCAGUAUUGGGGUAGAGGUAGUAAUAAGCCAAGUGUCUCUUCUUUCUCGAAGCGUGUCUCGUGCGUGUGCUUUUUAUCUAGUCCUCUCCCAUUACUUGAAGCUGCAACCGCGAUACCUACCUAUCUCCUAAGCUCGUCCAACGGGAACUAAUAGAAGAGAUGCGGUGUUCUGUAGCUAUUCUUCCGGUCUUAUCUGCAGCGAUAUCUGUCGUUGCUGGAGCUCCAAGCCCAGGGGAAGAUGGAAAAUAUACUAUAUCUUCGAUGGGAAUAACAGCAAAGUUCAUCCCGUACGGCGCUACGCUCACAAACCUGUUCGUCAAGGAUAAAAACGGAGAGGACGUCGACGUGGUACUUGGAUACGACGACGUUGAUUACUAUCCGGAGGAUCCAGGGCAUCCGGUGUACAACAGCAUUCCUGGCCGCUAUGUCAACCGCAUCGGGAAAGGCAAGUAUACGAUCGAUAAUACGACGUAUACAACGCAGAUCAAUGACGGGAGCAACACUUUGCACAGUGGUACGAAUAAUUGGUCGUAUCGUGUGUGGAAUGUGAGCGCUGCAACUAAGGACUCUAUCACCUUCACCGUCCGGGAUGCUUCGAACUCAUCUCAGGGCAUGCUGGGCCUCGUUAAGGGCCAAGUUACGUACAGCGUUAGUAAAAGCACGUGGAAGAUCACGAUGGAAGCGACGUCGCCCGAGGCCAAGACCCCUCUCAUGCUGACCCACCAUACCUACUUCAACUUGGAUGCGUACAAGAACCCCGACACGUUGAAGAUCUGGAAUCACACGCUAUACCUACCUUACUCGAAGCGAUAUCUAGUGGCGGAUGAUGGGGCGCUACCCACUGGUAAAAUCGCCACGGCGGAACCUAACAGCAUCAACGAUUUUGCGAGCCGUCCCGGCCUAUUCUUAGGCCAUGCGCGAGGCGACUCCAGGUUCUCGGGUAACUGCGGCGGCGGCGGUGCCUGUGAGGGCUACAACGGCUACUUCCUGAUCGACGAUGCGCCCGAGGAUGCCGCUGUCGUUCAGCUGGCCAGUGGAUUUUCCGGCAUCACUGCCGACCUGCGGACAGAUCAGUCUGGAGUGGUGGUUUACUCGUGCAAUUGGAUGGAUGGGACUGCCGACCUCAAGAGCACACAGGGCACGAAGGACAACCGCAAGGUAGUAAGGAGCUCUUGUGUUGCUAUUGAGGCACAAGAUUAUGUCGACGGCAUCAAUCAUCCCGAAUGGGGACGUGUUGACAAGCAGAUUACCGGACCAGGCCAGACAUACUCGUGGGAGAGCUCUUGGACAUUCGGAAACCUUUGAAGUAAAGGGUAGAAUUGCGCAACUCCUAGAUCAGAGUAAAGACCGGUCUGCGCGUGCGACGCGUCUUAUUGGCGGUAUCUGCUAGAAAAGGAGCCGAUCGCGUUCUUAGUCGUACAUACCUAGUAGGUUAUAAUUUGAUUUGACAGAUACGAUAACCUUGAAUGUUUCUUGGCGUAGCUUAAGGUUCUAGUGACGCAAUACUCGGAGUCACGAGGCGUAUUUCUUCCCUUGGAUGUGAUGCUGAGAACUCCAAAGUCACUCAUCCAAGAUUUGAAUGCACUUUGAC